AUGGAGGUAAUUUUGGGAUGGACUUACAGGAUUGAAUUUAACCAGGAUGGGGCGGUAGAGGGCAAGUAUCAUGUGAACUCUUCAUGCUUUCUCUGCAUCCUUCAAUCCCCUCUCUCUCCUCACACCCCCUCUCCUCACACCCCCUCUUCAUCGCUCCCCCCUUUCCAUCGCUCCCCCCUCUUCAUCGCUCCCCUCUCCUGCAUUACUCUACCUGAGGCCAACACCGAGAGGGUUCUUGCCCUCUGGAGGGAAGCUGCGCAGAAGUUUCACGACCCUGAGAACGGCAUCAACAUUGACGAGCUGAUUCGGAGAGCAGUGGAAAUCAGACAGGAGUUUGGCCUGUGUGGCCAUAUUCACUUGCUGGAAUCACGGAUGCAAAAGCUGCAGAGCCGGUCGCGCUACCCGGAGGGGGGGUGUGUGAAACUACUGAAAGACAUUGGGUGGCUGUCUCUCCCCGGGACCUCCUGUGCUCACUGCGUGUGGCUGGAAGACGAGGAGCAAGCGAUCAUGGCAGACUGUGGCGCAGUGGCAGUUCACAACCCCGUCUCCAACCUCCGGCUCGGCUCGGGUGUUGCUCCCAUAAGAGCAUACCUCGAUAAGGGCAUUACCGUGGCUAUCGGGUGCGAUGGGCAGUGCUCGAACGACUCUCAGGAUAUGCUGGAAGCCGUGAAGAUGGCAUGUAUUGUCAACCCUCUCACAACUCCCGAGUAUCGCCACUGGUUAUCCCCAAGGGAGGUCCUCAGAAUGGCAGCAGAGGGAGGCGCGGCAGCAGUGGGCAUGAGAGGGCGGGCAGGGGCGAUCAAGCGUGGAUACGUGGCGGACGCGCUGUUGGUUGAUCUGACUGCUCUCUCCAUGCUGCCUCGUGCCGACCCUGUGGGGCAACUCGUGCUCACCAGGCAAAGUUCUGGCAUUGCAGGAAACACGGUGCAUUCAGUGUGGGUCAACGGGCGGCUUUUGCUGUCAGAUGGAGCCCCGACAACAGUUGAUCUGACUUCGCUUCGUCAAACUCUAGUGAAGCAGCAGCCUCAAUACAUGGACCCAAAAAUCACUGAUGUGAAAGGAAAACCCAUUGAGGUGGAGUAUCGUGCAGCUAUGGGUCUGGACACCCCACUUGGAAAGCACAAUCAGAACCAUACCUCAAAUUACCCUAGUUUUAGAGUCAAUUAUCCUGGUGACAUUUCAAAGCCGUUCGCGGCCAUGGUUCCCGCCUUUUCCCGCGCCUCCCCGUCAACUGCCCCUCAGGUCGACCCCGACCCCGAGUUUCCCGAGGAUUACCGGUACGAUGGAAAUUCGAUAAUGGAUAUGGAGUCGUUAAGCGGGGGUUAUACCUCGGACUUGUCGCUCAUGGCGACGCCGUCCAUGUCUCUGGAAGACGCCCUCGCCCGAGCCACGGAGGCAGCUUCGGAGACGAGCCUCAGCUCGAUGCCGGGCCAGACGGGCGGGGGCAGGAAUGACGCGUUUAUGGACGCUGCGAUUCAGCGUAUGAGAGACGAGCUCGCGUCGAUGGGGAAGGCGGAAGAGAGCCUGGAAGAAGCCAUUGCGCGGGCUACCAACGAGGGGUCCGCGGGUAAUUCCUGCGCGCCAUCCGCGGGGAACUCCCGCGCGCCUGCGAAUAACGCGCACGCGACUGAAGAUUCUUGUGGCGCUGGCGCGUUAUCCGCUGGCAAGUCUGACGAUUUCAUGGAUGCAGCGGUGAGAAGGAUGCGCGAGGAGUUGGCGGGGAUGGGGAAGGCGGAUGAGAGCCUGGACGCCGCCAUUGCGCGGGCUACUACUGCCGCUGGUGGUACUGUUCGCGUUGAGGGUUCACCGGUGAAAAGGAUGCGCGAGGAGCUGGCGGGGAUGGGGAAGACGGAUGAGAGCCUGGACGCCGCCAUUGCGCGGGCUGCUAGUGCCGCUGGUGGUACUGUUUCGGGGGCUUGCUCUCGCGCUUCCAAGGGCAAUGGGGCUGGGGGCAAUGUCACUGGGGGCAGCGGGGGCAGUAGGGGUGACCCGCGCAUGGAAGCAGCCGUGAGGCGGAUGGCGGAGGAGCUGGCUAGCUUAGUGAGGGAGAUGCAGGAGAUGCGGGCGAACAUGGGCAAGGCGGGAGAGAGCUUAGAAGACGCCAUUGCUCGCGCUGCUGGCAUGGCUGAUGCUGCUGCUUUCGCCAGUCUCUCCCACGCACCCUCAGAUCGGAGGAAAGGGGGAGAGAGCUUAGAAGACGCCAUUGCCCGCGCUGCUGGCGUGGCUGAUGCGGCCUCUGCCCGAGCGGGCAACCCCUAUGCGUCUGGAGGUAUGCCCUAUGCCUCCUCUGCUCAUGGUAGUUCCUUAGCGGGCAUGAGGGCAGCAGUGAGGGGAGGAGAUGCGGGCAUUGGGGCAGCAGUGAGGGGGAUGCGCGGGGAGCUUGGGGGGAUGGGGAAGGCGGAUGGGAGCCUGGAAGAUGCCAUUGCGCGGGCUUCUAAUGUGGGAUCCGCGGGCAUGGGGGCAGCAGUGGGGGGGAUGCGCGGGGAGCUGACGGGAAUGGGGGCAGCAGGGGGGGGGAUGUGCGACGAGCUGGGGGGGAUGGGGAAGGCGGAUGGGAGCCUGGAAGAUGCGAUUGCGCGGGCUUCUAUUGUGGGAUCCGCGGGCAUGGGGGCAGCAGUGGAGGGGAUGCGUGAGGAGCUGACGGGAAUGGGGGCAGCAGGGGGGGGGAUGUGCGACGAGCUGGGGGGGAUGGGGGCAGCAGGGGGGGGGAUGUGCGAGGAGCUGGGGGGAAUGGGGGCAGCAGGGGGCGGGAUGUGCGAGGAGCUGACGGGAAUGGGGGCAGCAGUGAGGGGGAUGUGCGGGGAGCUGGGGGGGAUGGGGAAGGGGGAUGAGAGCCUGGAUGAUGCCAUUGCGCGGGCUUCUAUUGUGGGAUCUGCGGGCGUGGGAGCAGCAGAGGGAGGGGUUGAUGCAGGCAUGGGGGCAGCAGUGAGGGGGAUGUGUGAGGGGCUGGGGGGGAUGGGGAAGGCGGGGGAGAGCUUGGAUGAUGCCAUUGCGCGGGCUGCUAGUGCUGCUGCGGGUGCUGGUGUUGCUGCUGGUGCUGGUGCUGGUGCUGCUGGUGCUGCUCGUGUUUCUGCUACUGCCAAUCCCCAUCCAGCCAUUCCCCAUUGUUGCAUCCCUCACGCUGCUGUCCCUCACCCUGCCGUCCCUCACCCUGCCAUCCCCCGCCCUCUCAACCCCCCUCCUGCUGGGACCUGGGUGCAGCACCAGAUCCCCCCAGCAAGCUUCACCCCAUCAAAAGGCACUUCUGAGGCGCCUCAGAAGCCGCCUGGGAUCGCCCCCCCUGCUGGGACGUGGCCGCAGCACCAGAUCCCGCCAGCAAGCUACACCCCGUCAAAAAACACUUCUGAUGCGCCUCAGAAGCCGCCUGCACCUGGAAUCAUGCCUCCUGCUGGGACCUGGGCUCAUCAUCACAUUCCCCCAGCAAGCUUCACCCCGUGUAAAGGCCCCGACCCCAAGGGAAGCAGCACAGUCAUCCCUUCUUCCACUGAAAGCUGCACCACCAUCCCCCCCUCCAACGCUUCCCUUGCCACCACCACCACCAACGCCUCCAGCUCGGUCAUCCGCCCUUACGGCGCCUCUACGGUUUCAACCAGUACAUGGAGCAGUAGCGUUGGUAACAGUAACGCGUCGAGUGUCGGGAUUGGCGAGAUGGGUUACGGUCUGGUUACCACGUUCGGCCUGCCGUGCGAGUCGCUGGAGGAGGCCUUGGAGCGGGCGUCUCUGACGGCUAGCUCGACUCGGUCGAGCUUCGAGGCCCCUCGAAAGGCCUCUGAGGCGCCUCAAAAUCUGUCGCUGGAAGAGGCUUUGGAACGGGCGUCUCUGGCUGCUAGCUCGACACGAUCGAGUAUAGAUGGGGACACAGGCCACAGAUAUGAUAUUGGUGCUGAUGCCGAUGCAGCUUCUGCUGCUGCUGCUGGUGCUGCUGCUGCUGCCGCUGCUGCUGCUGGUGCAUUUGGAGCAGAGGAGGCAGGUGGAAAGAAGAGGCGGCAGGGAGUGGGAGGCAUGCUGGCUCACGCAUUCAAAUGGGGAUCCAAACAUCACUCUCACAAGAACGACCCAGCUUCUAAACGAGCCGAGAGACUCCGACUUGGCAAACACCACGACGGUCUAGCAGGGUCCCAGAUAGGCAGUUCUGAGGCGGGUUCACUACGGUCGGCUAAGGGGUUUGGGGUGAUUGAAGAGGAGGAAGAUGAGGAGGACGGGCGGGCGUCUGGAUACAGCUCUUUGACACACUCUUUGGGUAAUUCAGGCUCGAAAGGGUGGCAUUCCCCGUCUCAUUCACAUGGGGGGGCGGUGGGGCGUGCGGGGGCGGUUGGAAGCCGGGAUGGGAGUGAGCGGGGCGGCAGUGAGAGAGGGCAUAUGGGAGGUCCGGGGGCAGUGGUUCCCCCGCUGCCGUUUUCGAAUGUGAGACCUGCAGCUGAAGAGGCAGCAGCAGUGGUAGCAGCACAAGCAGCGGCCACGCUUAGAAAAGGCGGAGGAGUGAAAGCAGGAGGGGGUGGGGUUGGGGUUAUGCCUGGUUCGUUGGGGUAUAGUGAGGAGGACGAGAGUGGGGGUGAUGGUGUGGGUUACACUGCUGUGUUUUCCAACGUGGCAGCAGCAGCCUAUCGCAAGCCUCGGAAAUGGGCGUCUGGCGCCAGCUCAGCGACAGGAUCAGUAGCAGGUGAAUCGCCAGGUGAUCUGCUGCGGCCAGGGUGUCCCGGGCCCGAAGAUCCAGUAGAUACGGAGACGAUGAGGGUGACUAAAGACUGGGAGAAGAAAUGGGCCGGGCAGGUUUUCGUGCUGGAAAACGUUUACGUGAACUGGCGCGGGCAGGUGUUUAACGAAACGCAUCUGUUCGACCCGUCGGGCUGCAUCACCGAAUUAAACGUAUCUUACCCCGCAGGAACCCACGUCACCAUGCACCGUGACGUGGUGAACCUGCUGUCUGACGUGGCGGAUCCUCGUGCUGAGGUGUUUCACGAGCUGACGGAUCUUCUCCCCAUGAUGCUGCCGCUUAAGGAGGUGCUGCCGAAGCUUAAAGACGCCAUUAUAGUGGCUCGGAGCAGAAAGCUUCUAUCAGCCGUGGCCAAUAGAGUUCUCAAAUUACCCGUAACAGACCACGAAGUUCAGGGGGUAAAACCCGGGGUACCCCACCUGUGGCAUGUGCAAAAGCUCUACCAACCCGUCAGGCAGCAGUGCCGCCAGCCCAGCAUGGCCCUCUGGACGCAAUUCCGCUCCAACCACCUCCUCCCUAGAGGCUCCCCCCAAGUCUUCCGAGAAACGGGUGCUGAGUCAGCAGGUGCUGAGUCAGCGGCGGGGUUGGAGGGAGGCGUGCCGGCGGAUUGGGUGGUGGUGGUGGGUGUUGACGUGGCAGGGCGGGUGGAGGAGGCAGGGGAGAUCAGGGACGCGCUGCGGUUCUUUUACCCAGAGGACCGGAUUGUACUCUUUAAGAACAACCUGAAUGUUCUGGAAGCCAAAGACCUUUUCAACCGAGCAGUUCUCUUCAUAUCCACGUCGACCUCCGCUCUCGCUCACGUCAUGUUCAUGCCACCCAACGCCACCGUACUAGAGCUUCGGGCCGUACUAGACCCCAGCAGUGCCACCCAGAAAUCGGGCUCGGCAGCAUCUGUAGCAGCGGAUCCGGAUCUGCCCACCAGGCAGCUCGCCGAGGCUUGCGGGCUUCGGCAUUAUCUGCUGCUCUGCGCCGCCCAGCCCGACCCCAAGCCGGCCAAUGGGAAUGCGCCGCUGCGCAGCCGCCUAUCUUGUGACAUGUGGCACGUGCGGGAUGUUAUCGAUAGGGUAUCGCACGACGUGUACACUAGUGAGGUGGCAACCAGAGAUACCGUACGUGCCAUAGCAGGUCCGGCGGGUGGCAGGUUCGGGCUGAAGCAGAAGCUGAUCGGGACGAAGCUGAGGUCUGGCGAGGAGGUUUGGGCGUUCAACGAUUGGAUGGCGUGCGUUGCGAAGAAGGGUCGAUGGGAUUACAAUGGAACUCCCCGCGUGUUACCUUGGGAAUACAUGGGAAACAUCAACCUGUGCGACCACCGGCAUUGGGACGCAACGCAAGGGCUCAUGCAAAAAAAAUCAGACGAAUAUGCUCUAUCGGGAGGCAACCCUGAGGGGUGGACGGUGCGGGAGAGUCUCAAGUACGACUGGAGGGUGCACGGAAGCUGCCCUAUGCCUGUUCAGGAUCAGGUCUGGGUGCCGUUUCAACCGACCGAUUUCUGCCGCAGGGUCGGCAAGAAUCGGACGAUUCUGUUCUUGGGAGAUUCUCUCAACGAGCAGUUUUUUGGGAUUUUUAUCAACCAGAUGUUGAGAGACAUUCCGAAGCCGGCUGAUUGGGCGGUGAAGGAGUCAAAGCCGAAAUUCUGCGUUGACUGGGUCAACAACACGGAGAUUCGGCACGAGUUUUGCCGGACCAUUGAGUUUGCCGACCAGGUCUGCCCGGGCCUGAAUAUUUUAUUCAUCCGAAGCGAUCACCUGUGGCUCGGCGCGCCGAGGCACUUCAGCGAGCUACAGUGGACGCGCAUGCCGGAAGUGGCCAACUCCGACAUAAUUAUAAUCAAUCGCGGAGCGCACUAUACGGUGAACGAAGUGUUCGAGCCGGAGGUGCGAACAGUCAUGACUUACCUCCGAAACCGAUGGCCCAAGAAACUCAUCAUUUACCGAAACUCCCCUCCGGGUCAUGCUGACUGCGAAAACGCAACUGUUCCGAUUUCUAAAAGGCAGGAUCCAAGUAUCCUCCCUUACAACUGGGACAAGCUGAGUCAGCAGAACGAAAUGGCACGUGGAAUGGCGGAGGAGUUGGGGAUUGUGUACAUGGAUGUGGAUUCGAUGACGGCUCUACGGCCGGAUGGGCACAAGGGAUGGAAGCCGUCGAUCCAACGGCUGGACUGCUUGCACUACUGCACUCCCGGACCGUUGGAUUCCUGGAUGGACAUCCUGUACAAUACUCUGCUCAGGACUCUGCCCCCUCCACCAUAG